UCGAUGUUUCUACCUUCACUUUCGUUUCCGGCGAGAAAUUUUACAUCAUGGACAAUUCUGGAAAUAACCGCUACGAGCUGUUGUUCAUGGACGACGAUGACUCCUCCGCCGCGCCCGCCCAGCCACAGAUUCCCGCCGUAGUCGCGGCGCCUAAGAAGCCGGAACCGGCGAAGGCGCCGAAGGGCAAGUCCGAGAAGGAGAACAAGCCGGUAGCGUCGGCUCGCAAAGCCAACGUUCCGGCGGCCAAGAACGCGAGUCCAGUGAAGGGUGGCAAGGGUCCCGCUGGCGGGGAUGUGGGCCGUCCCAGGAAUGCAGCUACAAACGGAGCCAACAACCAGGGCAGGUUCAACAACCAUAACAACAACAACAACCAGCGCUACGGAAACAAGGAAUCGACCGGAGAAUUCGGAAACGAGCUGCCACAGCGCCAGUUCAACAAUCGUGAUAACAGGGGACCUCCACGCGCCCGCACCGGCGAGAAAUUCGGAAAGCGCGAAUUCGAUCGCCAGUCUGGAUCCGAUAAAACCGGCGUCAAGUCAAUUGACAAACGCGAAGGCGGUGGUGCCCACAACUGGGGUUCCCCGAAGCAGGACAUUGAGGACUUAAAGACGGUCGGGGAGACUUCACCGCAGGCGGAAAAAGAGGACUCGGCCAACGAACAGUCGGCCGAUCCCGCGGUCGCCCCCGAGGAGGAUGAGUCCAAGCAGAUGACCCUCGAUGAGUGGAAGGCUCUGCGAGACCAGCGUGCCAAGCCCAACUACAACUUGCGCAAAGCGGGCGAAGGUGCCGUCGAUAAUGCGGAGUGGAAGAAGAUGGUGGUGCUGAGCAAGAAGAAGGAGAGCAACAGCGAGGACGAGUUGGAGUACGAUCCAUCGCUGUAUCCCCAGCGCGUGGGCCGCCUUCAGCGCAUCGUGGACAUCCAGUUCAACUUCAAUGAUGGCCGCAAGGGUGGUUUCCGCAAGGGACCACGUCCCGGAGCCGGUCCUCGUGGAGAGGGAUUCCGCGGCGAGGGUGGCUUCCGCAAUGACGGACCCCGUGGAGAGGGUGGCUAUCGCAACGACGGACCUCGCGGAGAGGGUCCUCGCAGUGAGGGACCCCGCGGAGAAGGCUACCGCAACGAGGGACCCCGUGGUGAAGGAUACCGCAAUGAUGGACCACGUGGAGAGGGAUUCCGUGGUCCGCGCUUUAACAACGGACCCAGCAACGGCUAUGAAAACAGACAGGAAAACAACAACAGAUUUGGAGAGAAACGCCGCUCCGCCCAGAAGCCACUGAAGGUUGACGAUGAAGCUCAAUUCCCUACUCUGUGCUAGGAGUUGAGAACAACAAUAAGGUUUAACAAUUUCACGUAUUACAUAAUUAGUAAGCUGGUCCUUCGGUUAACGAAUAACCAUUAGAUUUUCGGGCGUAAUCUAUGAAGCUUGACGACCGAUUAACAAACAGAAACAAAUCAGCCACGCUUAUCCAUAUUCCUUAGUUAUAAACAAAAAUUUUUGAAUUUUUCACUCUCAUCAUUUACGCAUUUAAAAUAACUAUUACAAAUAGUUGGAAUGUUGAAAUAAAUUUACUUCAUUUACAAACCAAGGAAUAAUAA